AUGUCGGGCUCCUUCUGGAAGCUAAGUAAUGGCUUCACGUCGCUAUCCAAUGUCACCUCGAUUCUAGAAAACCACACAAUCAACGAUGUUGCCCAAGAUGAUCAACAAACGAUAUCCGUUCUUUUGAAGCUCUUGGACGAAAACGACUUGCUUCAGGAGUUGAUGUCCAACAACUCCAUGUUGCUUGAGUUCUUACGUAACGAUAAUGUCAUUGGCAUGCUUGUUGACCUUUUAAUUCUGGAGAGCUUGCAGGGGGAACAGCUUGCUGUGAGUUUAAAAAGGCUUCACUUGUCUUCGGAUUUGAAGGUGCAAAAAGAAGAGAAAAAGGACUCUCAAGAGGACAAGGACAAGGAGAUUGAUGAUGAAGAUGAAGAUGCAGAGAAGCCUGUAAAAGACUCCGACGCAGAGAAGGAGGACGACACUAGCGAAUCCUCCGAAGAAAGACGCUCUCGCUAUGCGACUUUGGCAGCUGAGAUUCUAAGUGCUGACGUUUGGUCCCUCACAGAUACAGUGAUGGAGUCGACGCAAAAUUUGAACAAAUUGUGGUCGAUUCUCGACCUCGACCAGCCAUUGUCGAUCAACUUGGCUACAUACUUUAUGAAAAUCAUGGAGCACUUGUUGGAUAUGAAAUGUGAAGAAAUGAUUACUUAUUUGAUCGACAAUCAGCCAUCGUUGGUGAAGAAGUUCAUGAACCACUUGUCCAAUCCACCGUUGAUGGAUUUCUUGCUUAAACUCAUUUCGACUGACAAACCUGACAACUCCACCGGUAUUAUAGACUUUCUUCAAGAGCAAGAGCUCGUGCCACAACUUGUUGAGGCCCUUGACAUUUCUGAUGAUGCUGAUCCAGACGUGCUGAUUGUAAGACAGUCGUCUGCAGCAGACUUCCUCAAAGCACUCAUCACCAUCUCAGCCAACUCCACUACCGACAAUUCAACAAUUGGCCCCAACGAACUCACUCGUGAGCUCGUGUCGUAUGACAUUAUGGAACGUCUUUGCGAAAUCAUGUUGAAAGGUGGCUAUGCAUUGGCAAAUGGUGUUGGCAUAAUAAUCGAGAUUAUCAGAAAAAACAACUCAGAUUACGAUAUCUUGCCUGUACUCUACAUUACCUUAGAAAGUCAUCCACCAACUGGAAGAGAUCCUAUUUAUUUGGGACACUUGUUGAAGGUCUUUGGAAACAAGAUCGACGAGUUCAACAAGUUGUUGAUCCACGUCAACGAAGGGUCGUCCUUGCUUACGACAUUUGGGAAAAUUGAACCCUUGGGGUUUGAGAGAUUCAAGAUUUGUGAGUUGGUUGCUGAGCUUUUGCACUGCUCAAACAUGGCCCUUCUUAAUGAUAAUAAGGGGUUCGACGUUGUGAAGAUCAGAGACGAGCUUAGAAAAAAGAUGAGAAAAUACGAUCCUGUUGCAUUCAAGUAUAAUGAAGUGAUUGAACUUCCCGCAGAAGAAUGGCAACCAAGUCUUGAUGCUGAGAAAGAGUUGACUAAAAAAUUUGAAAAAGACUAUCCAAAGCACGAAGCUGAUGAUGACAAUGAUUUCAACGAUACAAUUGAUUCUUUUAAUUCCAAGAUGCAUGACUCCUCAGUUGCCCAUCAUGGCAAUCAUAAUAGUGGCGAUGAAGAUGAACCACCUCAUAGCAACGCAAAUCUUACCGAGGAAGAAAUUAGAGCCAAUCCUGUGAUUGGUGAUUAUCUUAAAAUCGCGUUGUACGAUUCUCAGAUCGUUUCCAAUAUCUUAUCAAUGUUCUUCAAGUUUCCCUGGAACAACUUUUUGCAUAAUGUUGUUUUUGAUAUUGUUCAGCAAGUGUUGAAUGGGCUGAUGGAUAUUGGUUUCAACAAAAUUCUUGCCAUUGAUAUAUUUCAUUCAGGUGAAAUCACCGAAAAAAUCACAGAAGGCCAGCGUCUUUGUACCGAGUAUGAGAAAGACCAUUGCGGCAUGAGACUUGGAUAUAUGGGACAUUUGACCUUAAUUGCCGAGGAGGUUGUCAAGUUUAUUCAAUUAUACCCAGUUGGCACCGUCAGCGAACUCAUAGACGUGAAAGUGGAGGAUGAGAGUUGGGAAAAUUAUGUCAGCCAAGUUUUGUUUGACACGAGAAAAAAAUAUAAUGCUAUUCUUGGUGGAAGUGACAUUGAUGAUGAUGAAGCGUCUAAUACAUUCGACGAAAGCACCGGGGAGAUAAUCGAGGAAAGUGAUUUCGACAAUGGCUUGAGUCUCAAUCCAAACGUUGAUCAUGAUUUAAUUGGCAGUAGCUACUAUCAUCAAGAAAAGGAAGAAGAGUUCCAUGAAGAUGUCGAUACUCAUGAAGAUAGUGACGCAGAAAAGAGAGAUCAGAAUAAAUUGAGCUCCAGCGAUGAGUCAGAGUCAGAAGAUGACGACGAUCACUUUGCUAACUACAUGUCACUGCAGCUCACUAUUUCCGGCUCCGAUGCAUUCCAGUCCACACUCAAAAGUAAAGCAAAAGAAAUCAAGCGUGAUGAAGGAGACGAAAGGAAAUAUAAUGACGUUCUUCAUGUGUCAGAUGAUGGUGAUUGUGACGACGAUGAUUACAUCGAUCCCAACGACGACGGCAUGUCUUACAAGAAGGCAAAUCCUCUUUAUGACUCACAGGGGCUUCUUGUGAGGGACAAAAUGCGCCAAUAUGAAGGGAUAACCAAUAAUCUGAGUGAAGACACUUCUUCGAGCUCCGAUAGUGAUGACGAUGAUCUCGACUUGGACGUCGGGAGUAAGGACGAUAGUACCAACAAGCUUACACGCGUCGCAAGUAAUAAUUAA